GAAUAGCACCAUGUCCAUAUAUUUUUUCCUCUUCUUUCUCCUAAGCCUUUCCACAGCCCAGGACGAUUGCAGUACUCCAAAAACAUGCUCCGAUUACGGUCCACCAAUCCACUUCCCAUUCCGUCUAAAGAACCACCACCCACAACACUGCGGCUACCACAGCUUCGACCUCUCUUGCUCUCCAAACAACAACGCCACCGUUCUCAACCUCCCUAAUUCGGUCAAAGUUCUAGUCACCCACAUCGAUUACAAAUCCCGACUGAUUCAGAUUAAAGACCCAAACAGCUGCUUCCCACAGCAGCUUCAAAACCUCCAUUUGUCCGCCACUCCCUUUCAAUUUGAAAAAACGUUCAAUUUUAGUUUAUUCAGUUGCCCUUCAACGAAACUGGGCUUUUCGUUUUCCGUCACUUGCUUCAGUGGUGAUGGUCCUGAAGUGUAUGCCGAGUAUGGUGAGGGGCUUAUCUAUUACCAUGAUCCGCCCUUGAUGCUAUCUUGCAGAAAGAUGUAUGAUUUGUCGGUUCCGAUCGAGGCGUUUCAACAAGCUGAUCUACAAUUGAAAUGGCACCAUCGAGUUGAAGGCAAGUUUUUUGGGUACCCUCUUUCUCUACUCUCCCAUUUGUUUCAUUUGCAAGCUCGAACCAGAGGAAGUUAAAAGGAACUUUGCA